CUGGAGGUAUGAAUGACAUGUGCUGGCUCCUCCUCCGCUGGCUGGGGAGCGCUGCUGGGUUGAGACGCAGAAACUCGAGCGCAGCAACGACGGCACCGCGGUGGCUUUGCGGUGGAACUACUUUACGUGUCUUUCUCCGGGCAGAUUGACAGGAGUUCGGUGAGCGUACCUUGCUGGUGCUGGUGAAGACGAGGGGAUCUUCUAGAAUCGACCUGCGGUUCGUCCCCCUCCACCAGUUGGAUAAAAAUGGAGUUCCCGUUUGUAGCAGUUGCAGUCGCCCUUGCCUUGACCAGACUUACGCACGCAGGAGAUAAGAAUGAUGAGCCAUGUGGAGGCCAAGACUGCAGCGCAGGGCGCAAGUGCAUCCCAGAGAAAGGUGGCAGGGGUCGUCCAGGGCCUCUUGGUUCAAUGGGUCCAAGCGGUCCAGAGGGAUUAAAAGGGGCCCUAGGGCCUCAAGGGCCUAAAGGAGAGAAGGGCCACCUUGGAAUUAAAGGACCACCUGGGCAGAAAGGCGACAAAGGACCCAUGGGAGUGCCGGGAUUUAAAGGAAGUGAUGGAGUGCCUGGUCACCCUGGACAGCCAGGUAGCAGAGGACGUGCAGGAUCAGAUGGCUGUAAUGGGACCAGAGGGGAUCCUGGUCCUCCUGGCUUUGGGACAGGACAACCCGGAUACCCUGGAAAUCCAGGGCCGAUUGGGCCAAAGGGUCAGAAAGGAGAACCUACAUACAUCCCAGAUGAUGGUAACAUGGGUUUACCAGGUAUUCAAGGACCACCUGGUAUCUCAGGUCCUGUUGGUCAGCCUGGAUUGUCCGGUCCAGGAGGACCUGAUGGAUACCCCGGCCCACCUGGUCCUCCUGGUCCUCCAGGGCCGAUGGGAAGCCGUAGUGAUGGAUACCGUGGAGAGAAAGGAGACAAGGGCGACGUGGGUCUUCCCGGACCCGGUGGUUCUCCCGGUGACCAGUUGCUAGGAGCCGAAAAAACUCUCACUAUCUACAAAGGAGAUAAGGGAGAACCUGGUGCAAAGGGAGUCAGAGGAUACCCUGGAAACGCUGGACAACCUGGACCUUUUGGAUUCCGUGGUGGAAAAGGAGAGAAGGGCAUUCCUGGAUACCCUGGAGCAAGAGGCCCUCCGGGUUUUAAUGGGCCUUCUGGUACUCCAGGACUACAGGGAUAUAGAGGCGAUCCAGGUUUUCUUGGCCAACCAGGAUACAUAGGACCCAAGGGAGACCAAGGAGAACCCGGACCCCCAGGACCUCCAUCUUAUUUUAAUAAUAAUGGCAGGACAGUUCAAGGACCUCCAGGUGACUCUGGCUUUAGUGGCUACCCAGGUCCUCGUGGUGACCAGGGAUUUCAAGGAGCUCCAGGAGUUCCAGGCUCACCAGGAAUUGGUGGUUUUGGUCCAGGUCGUCCAGGACCCCAAGGCUUUCCUGGGAUCUCAGGCCCGAAGGGAGAGAAGGGUAAUGCAGGAAGACCGGGCUAUGGCCCCGAAGGAUCCCCAGGUUCACCUGGUCUCGCUGGACCCUCUGGCCCACCUGGACCGCCGGGAAUUUCUAGCUUGUCCAUUGAUCCCUGCAUCAUCUAUCCUGAAGGGUCUGUAAGGCCCAAAGGUACUCCAGGAGGUGAGGAAUUCAGUUUCCCUGGAGAACCUGGGCCACCUGGCUCCAGAGGAGCACCGGGUAGCAUUGGAAUCGAGGGCUUUAGAGGCGAACCUGGUGAAUGUGCCUGCAAAGGAAGUGACCUCCCUCCAUCCCCUGGGAUACAGGGACCUCGUGGAGAAAACGGCAGUCCUGGCCUUGCUGGACGGAAGGGUGAGUCUGGUGAUCCUGGUUCACCAGGCUUCGCUGGCACCCCGGGAAACAAUGGUCGUGCUGGUGAAAGGGGCUUCUUUGGUCGUAAGGGAGAAAAGGGACAACCAUUCUAUCCAAACUUAGCCUUGGGGGUGAAAGGAGCGCAAGGGGAUCUUGGCCCUAGAGGACCUCAAGGGGAAACAGGAAAACCUGGAAGAGAUGGGUCAUCUGGCUUCCCUGGACUUCCAGGACCCCCAGGUGACGCUGGCUUCGGUUCAAUCGGAGAGAAAGGAUUCCAAGGCUACCCAGGGUCCAAAGGGCGUCCUGGUGGCCCUGGAGAGCCUGGUAUUGGUGUUGCCGGACUUCCUGGCUUACGUGGUGAGGACGGAGAGCCUGGUAUACCCGGAUUUCCCGGGCAACCAGGUUUACCUGGGCCAAAAGGUGAAAACAUCUGUGGAAGGGUUAAUGACGCCGGACAGGGAACGGGCCAACUGCUACCUUGUACAAUACCUGGUGAAGCUGGAGACCCCGGAUUCCCCGGUUCACCUGGACGGCCAGGCCCUAAAGGUCUGCCAGGUUCCCCAGGAAACACUGGACGUCCAGGAUUUGAUGGUGCCAAAGGUGAGGCGGGAGAGCCCGGCUUUAGAGGCCAGCCUGGACCACAAGGUUUUAUUGGACCCAGAGGAGAACCUGGAAUUCCAGGUGCCCCAGGACAGACCUUUGAUGGUACCAGAGGAAAGGAUGGUGUUAAUGGGUUUCCUGGACCCAAAGGCCAGCCUGGAGAGGUUCUUGGAGUCGGACCUGGAAUUCCAGGAGCAGAUGGUUUACUUGGAAUACGUGGAGACAAGGGCCAGCCCGGAACUCCAGGGACACCUGGAUCUCCUGGUCUUGACGGACGCUUUGGUGUUCCUGGACGAAAGGGAGAGAGUGGAAAUCCAGGAUUUUCUGGCCCCCCCGGUCCUCCUGGUCCUGCAGCUGAGCAAAUUUAUAUUCCUGGUCAACCUGGAUUUCCUGGAAACAGAGGACUUAGCGGACCACCAGGCUGCCAAGGUUUCCCUGGUCGUAAAGGAGAAAGAGGAGACCCAGGUUUCCCAGGUCCUGCUGGAAUGAAAGGAACCCCUGGAUUACCUGGCACUCCAGGAAUACCAGGGCCUAGGGGACCCCCUGGACUUCCUGGACCAGGCACUCGAGAAGGGAUCCCAGGAAUACCAGGCAGAAAGGGUGAAAGAGGCUUCCCAGGACUCAUGGGUUUCCCUGGACUACCAGGUCGCUCUGGAACCCCAGGAUUUCCUGGAGCGAAAGGACUACCUGGAGGGCCUGGGAGAGAUGGAUUUUUUGGCAGACCUGGAUUACUCGGAUUGAAAGGUAACAGAGGUCCUCCUGGUCCUCCUGGAUUGUCUGCUCCUCCAUUUCCAUCAGAGCUUGUGGAGAAAGGAGACCCAGGAGCUCCUGGCUCCGAGGGAAUUACUGGCUUCACUGGACCCAGAGGUGACAAGGGUCAGCCAGGUCAACCUGGUCGCCAGGGUCUACCUGGACUUCCUGGUUUUGCUGAGCAGAGUAAAGGACAGCCCGGACAGCCAGGAUUUCCUGGGCAGUCUGGACGUCCAGGCUUCUCUGGACCCAAGGGAGAGCCUGGAAUCAUGGGAUUCCCUGGCAUGACAGGGCAGAGGGGUGAUGAUGGCACACCUGGUUUCCUGGGCAACCCAGGAGAAUUCGGUCGACCUGGUACCAAAGGUCAACCUGGAGAUAGUUAUGGUUAUCCUGGAGGACAAGGAACUAAAGGACAGCCAGGAGAUUCAGGCUUCCCAGGUGGUCAAGGCAAUGAUGGUGCCCCAGGUGAGAACGGCUUCCCAGGAAGUGCAGGUUUUCCUGGAAUAAAGGGUGGUAUUGGUGAACCAGGAAGACCUGGAAUAAUGGGCGCCCCUGGUUUUCCUGGGCCAAAGGGUCAGCCAGGAUUUCUGGGGGGGAGAAGAGGAUUAGAUGGGUCUCCUGGCUUUCCUGGAGGUCCUGGAAGUCCUGGAGCAAAAGGUUUGGCUGGAGCUCCUGGUUUAGAUGGACUGAAUGGUCUUGCUGGACCAAAAGGCCUUCCUGGAACUCCGGGUGGGAUUGUAGGAGGUUUCCCUGGUGCUCCUGGUGCUCCAGGAUUUAAGGGAGAAAGAGGCAUUUCCUACGCUGGAGGACCAGGCUACCCUGGACAAAAGGGACAGAAAGGAGAGCCAGGUAGCUCUGGACUUCCAGGAAUCCCCGGUCCACCUGGACCUCCUGGUAGUAUUCAGGAUUCAAAUAUAUUUGGACCUGUAGGAGACCCUGGGCUCCCUGGACUGGAUGGAGAAUACGGUAAAGAAGGACCUCCAGGUCCUCCCGGGCCACCUGGUCCAGGCACAGCCCAGGGAGACCGUGGUGAUCCUGGGUCCCCAGGUUUCACAGGAUUCCCUGGUGCAAAAGGAGAACCAGGACUCCCUGCAGGCCCUGGACUUCCCGGUAGUCCUGGUUUCAAAGGAAUUCGAGGUGAUUCUGGUGUCAUUGGCACUCCUGGUUACAAGGGGUUUCCUGGUGACCCCGGUUUCUUUGGAAACAAAGGACGUAAGGGAGGACGUGGGCCUCCUGGGCGGAAGGGUCUCCCUGGAGUCGCACUGCCAAUUCCUCCUGUAAACUUAGAGAACAUUCCCGGAGAAAUGGGUUUUAUUGGUGAACAAGGAACCUCUGGUAAUCCUGGAGUGCCCGGUCAGCCUGGCUUGCCCGGACUUCCAGGUUCAAAGGGUCGACCCGGACCUGUAGGUUCACUUGGCAGAACAGGAUCACCAGGUUUUCCUGGGUCCAUUGGUGAUGCUGGGCCCCCUGGUUUCCCUGGACCCAAUGGAGAGCAAGGUUUCCCAGGUGCAGUCGGCCGUCCUGGCAAUCCUGGCGGCGUUGGCCGCAGCUUCAGCAUUGGUUACACACUUGUGAAGCACAGCCAGAACUACCAGGUUCCCAUGUGUCCUCAGGGCAUGGCCAAACUGUGGGAUGGAUACAGCCUCCUGUAUGUAGAGGGACAGGAGAAGGCGCACAACCAAGACCUUGGUCAGCCAGGCUCAUGCCUCCCCAGGUUCAGCACCAUGCCUUUCCUCUACUGUUCACCCAGUGAUAUCUGCUAUUACGCUAGCCGCAAUGACAAAUCCUACUGGCUCUCCACAACUGAACCCAUACCCAUGAUGCCUGUGGCCGAGGGCCAGAUAGAACCUUAUAUCAGCAGGUGUUCAGUGUGUGAGGCUCCAUCUCAGGCAGUGGCGGUCCACAGUCAGGACAUGACCAUCCCCAAAUGCCCCCCUGGCUGGAGAAGCCUCUGGAUAGGAUAUUCUUUCCUAAUGCACACAGCAGCCGGCGCUGAAGGUGGCGGUCAGUCGUUGGUGUCUCCUGGCUCCUGCUUGGAAGAUUUCCGUGCGACUCCAUUCAUCGAGUGCAACGGGGCCAAGGGAACCUGCCACUACUUUGCUAAUAAGUACAGCUUUUGGCUGACUAUUGUCGAUCCCAACCGUCAGUUUGUUUUUCCACCGAACCCGGAGACCCUAAAGGGAGGCCAGGAGCGCUCCAGAGUCAGCCGCUGCCAGGUCUGCAGCAAGCUCUUGUAGGUGGAGGUGAAGCGUGGAAGGGUGGAGAGAAACAUCAGGAGGUGAUACACUUUACUUUAAGGUAAAAGAAAAGGUGCUGACGUUGGAAAACAAGAACAUGUGACUGAAAUUGAGCCCCUUUCCUGCUUUAAUAAUGGUUUCAGGAUUGAGUUGAGCAGAAUCAGCCCCAGUUUUAUCCCAUGCCGGAACCACUGGCUCAACUAAAGGAAGAAGCUGGAGAAAGGAAAUAUACGGAGAAGGAUUCUGGUGUUAUUGCCCUUCUCUAGAUUUUCACUGACAAUGGUGCUAAUGUUUGUGUUGUUCUGUUCUCUUUUUAUGGUUUUUGGCAAGAAUUAUUCUCUGCUACCUCGGAGAGUACCGCCCCAUUGGAAAGCAUUUUUCAUCUCUGAAAUGGUUUAGCCGAUAUAGAUGCUAGCCUAACUGAUACCGGUUUUCAUUAUUAUCUGAAAUGGCCCAUUUUGGGGUUUUAUGUUGCAGUUUGUUAUAUUCAUAGCCAUCACCAUGGAGUAGCCUUUGUAAAUAUAGGACAAGGGGCUGAAGGAAAUGCUAUUGAAACUGGAGAUUUUGCAAGAAAAAUAAUAAAAUCACUAAUCUAGUGUAAAACACUAAAUAAAAGGAGAUUAAAUGAGUGGUAUAAUAGAACAAUAAAUUAUACAGGUAAAAUUAAAGUAGAGCAAACACAAAAAGAAACUGAUGAAGCACACGGUAAUUUACAGAGAAGUAAGCCGUAUACCAGGAAGUAAUCCUAAAACUUAAUAUAAUAAAAACAUAGGUUACUAUAUUCAAUUCAAAGCCAGACCAAACAAGUAUCUGUACACAUCUCUUUCAGUGGACUUACAAAAAUAAGGCAACUAAAUUUAUUGGUUUUCAUUUUCAAUUCUUUACUGCUUUUUCAUAGCUAUGCCAGGCUUAAGAUCAACUUCCCAGCAUUUUCUAGAACAAACCCCAUCUGCUAGUGUGGGGUUUGCUUGUCAGCAACAUUAUCUAUCCAUGAACAUGCACAAAUACUAGUUUACACAGUAUUUUUAAUGUUUUAAAUACCUGUGACUCUUUGGUGCUACACUUCCCUGGCAGUUGACUUUAAGUGGAGCAUUUGAGAUCAGUUCUUGCAAAGAAAAAGAAAAAGUUAUCACUUUUCCCACAAAUAUCUCAAACAGAAUCUCUGCUACAGUUGUAGAUAAGAACAAAUGUCUGAUACUGCACUGAUGUGAACUCUAAUGACUUAGAGCAACAAUAAAAUCAAGCAAAGGGGCAUAUUUCUCUAUCUCUGCUCUCAACUCUCACAUGUUUUCAUUGUAUUGUGACCAAACUAGUAUUUUUAAUUCAUUUUUUAAAAUCUUGAUUUUAGGAAAACAGAAAACCAAACACACUAAAAGAGCAUUAAUUAUUCCUGUACAUAGAACUUAACUGCAUUUCUCAGCAAAUCAUGUUAGAGCCAAGAUUUAUCAUGUUGUUAGUUCCUUGUGUUCACUCAAAAAAGAGAGAAAAUGGCUUAUUUUCUGCUAUUAAAUGUAGAGUUUUCAGCCACAAUGAACAAGCAUUUGCAAACACAUCUAAAAGGAAAGUAUCAAACUUGGUCAGUUUUUACAUUAAGUAUGAUUUACAAAUUGGACAUGACUUCUAUUAUGACCAUUAUGUUUAGCAGGUUUCUGCUUGUAGCCUUGACAUUUCACUUUUUCUGAUAGGUUUUAAUUUCUUUUCUCAUUUUGGUCUGUAUUUGUUGUUUUUGUAAUCUAGACUGAUGAUGAUACUAUAUUUUGGUUUUAUUUACUGAGAUGGGAAAAUAAUGUGUACAUUAAAUAUAAAGAGAAAAAAUUUGCCUUCAGGAUGUUUUUAAAUGGAAAGCAUAUUCACCAUUUAUGACUUAACGGAUAUUAAAGUUUCCAUCGUCUGUUUGAACCUAAAUACCCGAUCAGAGCCAAAUAUAAUCAGCAACCUGUUGUAAGCGAAUGACAGAAAAGAAAUGCAGUUUUCUUCAGAAGAUCCAUAACUACAGCAAAAAAUUGUAAUAAAAUGUGUAACUGCAAUGUGUAUUUUUGUCCGCACACAAAUUGUAAUAAAGUUUUAA